ACUUCUGUUGGCUAACACGCUCCUCUUUGAAGGGUGAUUGGCUGGCCGAUGGGAUUGACUCCGGCACCAAAUUUACCGGAAUUGACUUGACAGAGGGAGAAUGGUUUGACUAUGACGAGAAGGCGGGCGAGGAGGUCAGCAUAAAGGAGCUGACAUGGGAGAUUAAGAGGGCGUAAUAUGUAAAAUCAAUUGAAGGAAAUAUAAAAGCUUUAUCGAUUGCAAUAUCAACUUGAAGCUGUCUAUGGCACAUAGCUAGAGCCAUUAAAGACACCCCACCAAAGUCAUCCAGGUACCCCUACCCCACCUUACUCACCCAUUACGGUUCUGACUUUGAAGCUUCAAAGCCAUCUCUCCAACUUCGUUUGUGGCACCGCGAGGGUAAAAUAAAAAAUCAUGGCAUCCAUAGCCGCACAUUCCCCGGCAAUCAAUUAUCUUACAGAUGCCGCACAUAUGCUUCGAAAUGCAGCUCCAGAAACAUCAGCGCAUCUCCUAAGCCAGCGGGCAGCGCUUCUCUACGCUCACGACAUGGCGCCUUCAGACCUGCAGAGACAGCAUGUCUGCGCUGCUUGUGGCCACAUCAUGAUCCCAGGACAGGGAACAGAGCUCAAGCUAGAAACAUUGAGGACAAAAAGGACAACGAGAAGAAAAGUGCAAUCUUCAGCCUCGGGCAAGACGGCAAAACCUGGUUCUCCGAGAGAGCGGUCUAAAGAUCUCUCCUGCGGCUUCUGCGCCAGGAUCACCAGAAUUCCUCUUUCGGCCCCUGAAGCAGUUACGCGCCGUAAAGCUACCAAGUCAAAGAUUCAAGAUUCUACAGCAAAUACAGAGAUCCAAAAGCCGGCCACAGCGAAUGCCAGCAGCAAGAAGCGCGCGAAGAACCGCAAGGCCGGGCUGCAGGCUCUGCUAUCGGGCCAACAGCAGCGCCAAUCAAAUCCGCUAUCGCUGGCCAGCUUUAUGAAGAAAUAAACGGACCAGCUCCCUUCAAGUCUCUUCUUUCGCAUACACAUAUCCAGCGAUCAACACAAGGGCAACCCGCCAUCUCAAACUAUUGGGGGAACUAUCGCCUAAACGCCAGAGAAAAUUGAAGCAAACUGCACUACCGGCCGCUAGACGCUGCGACUGAGCGAUGCGUCGGGAACGUUCUAGCG